CCGGAAAGUCACUAGGGUGGCUUACACAGGAUAAAAGUCAUGGCCCGUCCAUGGCUCAGGCGAACCGAAACGGACACUUGAACUCUACGGCCUCCUCCAGUUAGCAAUAGAAAACAAAACAACAUCCAUCACGAUGUCACUAUCUCUCUCAUCCGCGGAAAAGAUCGCGUCAUACGCCAUCCGUGGCCCCGAACCCUCGCCGGCCUCCUUGGCCGUCGAACACAGUCAAGCCGUCCACCGUAUCAACCUUAUCAACGCCUGGGCUCCCGCCAUAGGCCCUGGCACUCGCGUUCUCGAGCUCGGUUGCGGCCAGGGUACCUGCACGCAAGCUCUUGCCGAGGCCGUCUCCUCCCCCGACCACCCCGCCAGCUCGGGACACAUCACGGCCGUAGACCCCGGCGCACCCGACUACGGCGCCCCCUUCACGCUCGCCCAGGCGCAGUCUCACCUCUCCGCGGGGCCGCUGGGUCCGCUGCUGACCUUCCACCGCGCCGACCCCGUGGACUUUCUCGCCGCCAACCCAGACGCGCAGUGGGACGUGGCCGUGCUGGCGCACUGCGUCUGGUAUUUCCGCUCGCCAGACACGCUGCGGCAGACCCUCACGGCGCUGCGGGGUCGCGUGGCGCGGGUGUGUCUCGCCGAGUGGGCGCUGCACGCGACGGAGCCGGCUGCGGUCGCCCAUGUGCUCGCUGCGUUGGCGCGGGCGACGUUUGAGGCGCACCGGGUGGACAGCACGGAGAAUAUCCAGAUGCCGGCGAGCCCAAGGGCUAUAAAGGACGUUGUGGGGCAAGCUGGUUGGAAAGUUGAGAGUGAAGGGACGGUCGUCCCGGGCGCUGAGCUGUCGGACGGGUUCUGGGAGACGGGCACGGUAGUGGAUGAGGAGUUUGCGGAAGAGGUAGAGAAGGAGGUUAAGGAGGAGAGAGUGAAGGCGGCCUUGACAUCUGCGAGGGAUGCGACUAUUGCUGCAGCGGACUCGGUCGGGGGCGCUAGAAAGACCACACAAGUGCAAUUCGAAAUGCAUUGCCCAACCCUUCUCGCCACUUUCACGACCUUGAUGGCCACCGCCCUCGGCGCUCCCGCAACCGCUUCCCACGCGCUCACAGCCCGCGACGGGCCUUGUGACGCCUCCAGCGAGACCUGCCGUCCCGUCUUGCAGGCCAAUGCGUGCUUUGCCGCCUUCAUCAGGACGGGCACCAAGGAGCAGGUGCUCCAGUGCGUUAACCACCAGGACGCGGCCCUGGCCGAGGAGCAGCUGUGCGCUUGCUAUGGGUGUGCCGAGACGACGGUGCAGGAUUGGGCUACGAGCAACUUGGAAUGUGCAGCGCCGGCUUGA